AUGUCUGAUGAAUUAAAUGAACAGAUGAAAAACAUUUCCGUUUAUGAAGGAAAUUUCACAAGAAGUGAUGAUGAAGGUGGUAGUAGUAUUGGUGGUGGUGUAAAUGAUGCUAAAAAAUCCGUGAUUGAAGAUCGAAUCAUUCUGAACGUUGGUGGCAUCAAGUAUGAGACAUUUAGAUCAACGCUUACAGCGUAUCCCGAUACAUUACUUGGAAUCAUGUUUUCGGAGAGAAAUAAGGAAAUGUUACAUCCAACAAAUGUCAAUGAAUAUUUUUUUGAUCGGGAUGGUUAUAUAUUUAGAUACAUUUUACAAUAUUAUCGAACUGGACAAGUUCAUUGGCCGGAAUUUUCGUCACCAUAUCAAGUUACUAAUUCUUCCAUAGAUUUGGUUCAAGGGACGACAAAAACCUUCACAACAACAUCGUCAUCGUCGAAUAAUGUAGAUGGUGGAAGGAUUGAUAAUUUGACUGGAUUUGGAGGAACGAGUUGUCCAACUUUACCAUUUACACGAGCGGAAUUAGAACAAGAAUUAUUAUUUUUUUUAAUUCCAACAAAAUCGGAUGAGGAUUUAAUUGAAUCUUUAUUACAUGAAGAAACUUCAAGUGUUAGCUCCACGCAACCAUUAACAUUUGCAAAUAAAGCGGUAGUAGAUAAUGUUAAUGGAUUUUUAUAUGCGUUAAAAGAGGUGAUGUAUUGUGUGGCGUCAUUAUUUGAGAAGAAGAUUAUGAUUACUUUUUAUCACGACAGACAACAACCGAUAUUUAAAUUAAUACCGCCAAAUCCAAAUAUCAUCAUGAAUGAAUUAGCACCAUUUAACGAGAAAAUCAAAAAUAUUUUAAUACCUUAUGCAGGCGUUGGUUAUACUUUAUUAAUGAAUUUUGAGAAUGAGAUUGAGGCUUGGAUGAAGGAAGAGAUCAAAGAAUUAAAAUGGGCAAUGGAAAAACCUGGUGGUUUACCUAAUAGAUUUGAAAUACCUUGGGAAAUGGCUCAACGACAAAUUUCUCAUCGUGAUCCAAACAUGUUGAUCUUGAAGUAA